UAUAAAUAAUCUAGAUUGGAGCAGCAGUUCGUUUCCACUUGAUGUAUGCUUCGUACAAGUACGAAUUUAUGACAAUUAUUGUCUUCAUAAUUGUGAUAUGGCUGAAUUUUUACGAAUUGCUAUCAUCUUAGGACUAUUUCCAUUAGGAAUUAACACAACAAAUAUUAAUUUUAGGAAUGAUACCGAAUACGAUGUACAACCUCCAUUUGAAGAUAGAGUUGUGGGAGGUGAAGAAGCUAAAGAAGGAGAAGUUCCUUCAAUGGCAGCAAUUUAUUUCUUUGGCAAUUUUUAUUGCGGAGCAUCCAUCAUUUCAAGAAGAUGGGUCAUCAGCGCGGCACAUUGCUUCUACGAUUUUCCCGUACCUUGGGCUUAUUUUGUAAAAGUCGGAAGCCGCAAUUUAAGCAGUAAAAGUUCCGUACGGAUUAAUAUAAUGGAGAUACACAUUCAUCCAAAAUAUGUAAAUGCAGAAAUUUCUAGCAAUGACAUUGCCCUGUUGAAACUUCAGAAAAAUAUCGUUUGCAACAAUUCUACGAAAUUCAUUCGAUUAAAUACGUAUGAUAUUCAUCUGAAUGGCAAGAUGGCCAAAGUUGCUGGUUGGGGUGAAUUAAUGCAAGAUUCAAGCAAAUACCCAGAUACGCUACAAGUUGCGAGUUUACCAAUCAUCAGCAAUCAAGGAUGUGAAGAAUCGUAUAGGAACAAUGGUUUAUAUGUAACAAUACACGAUAGCCAGUUGUGUGCCGGAUAUAAGAAAGGUGGUAAAGAUUCAUGCCAGGGUGAUUCGGGAGGACCUCUGUAUAUCGAAGAGGAUCGCAUUGGUGCCAUUCUGGUUGGAAUCGUCUCCUAUGGUUACGGAUGUGCUAUAGCCAAUUUUCCAGGUGUAUAUACUCGUGUUAGUUCUUAUAUCUCUUGGAUUGAUAACACUGUAGUAGAAAACAAUUGUAUUACUAAUGCAGAUUGCUACAUGCAGUGAAAGUGGAAGUGUAUUAAUUGUACUGAAAUAUGUACGUAAUUCAUUUGAAACAUUUACCUUUUUAGAUUAUUUUUUUAUUUAGA